GGAUUGCUCACAGUGUAAGGCGAAGUGUUGACAUCUAGUGUGAUAUUAAAACAUUCUAAGACAUCGAUAGAUAAUUAAAUAAGGAACAAUGAAGCAACAAACAGUGUGUAUUUUACUAGCCCUCGUUCUGGUAUCAGCAGCGUAUACUGAUGCUUUGGUGUUUGUUUAUGCCAAAACCUGUGCCGCAUGCAAGGCAUAUGGAGCGAGGUCCUGCGGAUAUGGAUACAUUCACUCCAAGGGUUACGUUUCCUGUGAUGGUGCGAAUUCGAUUGCCAGCUGCAGUGACUGUCAGCGGCGGUUCGGAAGAUGUCGACAGAGUGCCAUCACCGAGUGCUACAUUGGAUGAGCUGUGUUAACGGUGGCGGUGGUGGUGGUGGAAGUGGCCCGACGUUAGACGCUAGAAGCAAUUACCUAUCUUUCGCAGAAGGCUUCGUUGUGCUUGGAGUUGUGGCGAGCAUGUGUGGCAUUGAUUGAUCCUGACGAAGAAUAAAUCGAAUUGCCCUUUCGGCCAAAGUUGAAAGUGAA